AAGGAAGGCGGCGGGAGGGAGGCAAAGCAAAGCAAAGCAGAGCAAAGCAAGAGUUGCUCGCCGGCGCUCAGGAAGCAGGGAAGGGCGACGUCUUCUCAGUUUCCUCCUUUCUUCCCGCCCUUCAGGAAAACAGGGACGUUUGGGGACUGGGAGAGGGGUCCAGCUGCGGGAGACACACAAGCCAAGCGAUGGGAGAACACCGCACCUCCUUCCCCGCGGUGGCGGCGCCUAUACUCACUUGCCUAGACGGGGGCAGGCGGGAGCUCUUUCCUUGCCUCUUCUAGGGUUAGGAGGAUGGAACAGAGGGCAGCGCUCAACCUUGGUGGCUGGAGGCUGCCUGACAACCCAAAGAUGCUGUGAAAGCGACUAGAGCGCCCCGGCGCCCCACUCUCCCCUUCCCUCGGCGGACGCUGCGGUCGACCUCGCCCUCGGCGGCGCCUGUCACGGGCUCGCCAUCGCGCCGCCGAUUCUGCGAGGGAAUGCCUUGACUUCUAACCUCUCUCCCUGCCGCCGUGGGACCUUUUCCUUCCCCCCUCCCUGGGCGAGGCGGGGAGGACGCGUGCAGCGCUUGACCGGCUCUGCCGAGUGAAAAUGCUCGCCGGGGGUUUGCUGGCCGGCUUUUCCGUGCUCAGCCUCCUCACCUACGGCUACCUGGCUUGGGGCACGGUUGGAGACCCAGAAAGCGAGAGCAGGACGGCGAAGUUGGAAGAAAGAGGGUCCGAGGCGGAGCCCCCCGCCUCCCAGCCGCACCUCAUCUUCAUCCUGGCGGAUGAUCAGGGGUUCAGAGAUGUGGGCUAUCAUGGCUCCGAGAUCAGGACUCCCACCCUGGACAAGCUGGCGGCGGAAGGGGUUAAGUUGGAGAAUUACUACGUCCAACCAAUGUGCACCCCUUCCAGAAGUCAGUUCAUCACUGGAAGGUAUCAAAUCCAUACAGGUCUUCAGCAUUCUGUCAUAAGGCCCACCCAGCCUAACUGUUUACCGCUGGAUAAUGCAACACUACCUCAAAAGCUGAAGGAAGCCGGCUACUCAACACACAUGGUUGGCAAAUGGCACUUGGGCUUCUACCGCAAAGAAUGCAUGCCAACUCAGCGUGGGUUUGAUACAUUUUUUGGCUCUCUCUUGGGCAGUGGGGAUUAUUACACCCAUUACAAAUGUGACAGUCCUCGAAUGUGUGGCUAUGACUUAUAUGAGAAUGACUUUGCUGCCUGGGAUCAUGACAAUGGCAUAUACUCAACGCAGAUGUACACACAAAAAGUGCAACAAAUCCUAGCCUCCCAUAACCCCAGAAAACCUGUAUUUUUAUAUAUUGCAUACCAAGCUGUCCACUCUCCACUCCAGGCACCAGGCAAGUAUUACGAACGGUACAGGUCAAUAAACAAUAUAAACCGACGUAGGUAUGCUGCUAUGCUGGCAUGCUUGGAUGAAGCUAUCAGCAAUGUGACUCUUGCAUUAAAGAGGUACGGUUAUUAUAACAAUAGUGUUAUCAUUUACUCAUCAGACAAUGGGGGGCAGCCAACAGCUGGUGGAAAUAAUUGGCCUCUCCGAGGAAGCAAAGGGACUUACUGGGAAGGAGGGAUUCGAGCUGUUGGCUUUGUUCAUAGCCCUCUACUCAAAAAUAAGGGGUGUGUGUGCAAGGAGCUCAUACACAUAACAGACUGGUUCCCUACUUUGAUCACAUUAGCAGAAGGACAGAUUGAUGAGGACACCCAACUGGAUGGCUACGAUGUGUGGGAGACCAUAAGUGAAGGCAGACGGUCUCCAAGAAUGGAUAUUUUACACAACAUUGAUCCCAUCUAUACCAAAGCCAAAAAUGGCUCAUGGGCAGCUGGCUUUGGGAUAUGGAACACAGCAAUUCAGUCAGCAAUCCGAGUGAACCACUGGAAACUAUUGACAGGGAACCCAGGAUACAGUGACUGGGUCCCUCCGCAGUCAUUUAGUAACACCGGCCCCAGUCGCUGGCACAAUGAACGAGUUUCAUGGACCGCUGGAAAAACUGUAUGGCUGUUCAAUAUCACGGCUGACCCGUAUGAGCGAGUGGACCUUUCCAGUAAGUAUCCAGAGGUAGUAAAGCAGCUAUUGCGUAGACUCUCAGAGUUCAAUAAAACUGCUGUUCCUGUUCGAUAUCCACCUAAAGACCCCAGGAGCAACCCCAAUCUUAAUGGGGGAGUGUGGGGCCCAUGGUUCAAGGAGAAUGAGAAGAAGAAAAAACCCAGCAAAAGCAAAGCAGAGAAUAAACCAAAGAAAAAUAAAACCAAGAAGAAGCCUGAUAGAAGAAAAGGACAUUCCCUAAGCUGUUUUACUGGUAAAUAGUUUCAGUUGUGUCUUCUGCUGCAAUCCUAAGUAUAGUAACUUGGAAAGACUCUACCAAAAGCAGUGGCAGUUAAACCUGCAGGUAAAUGUUUUUAGGCUCAAGAUGCCAUUGCUAAACCAAAGCAAAUGGCCUCCAGAAUUCAUAAUUUUUUGACAUACCAGCACAGUAAAAAAAAUCCCAUUUCUGUACUAUUGCCGUUUUUAUUUUGCCUUGCAUGGUAAGAAUAGAAACAUAUGAAGGGUGCAGUUAACAUUGCUACCUUCUCUUCUAUACAAAUGGGGUUUACUCACAUCAUAUUGCUCACACCAUAGGGGAAUGGCCAUAUCUCAACAGUAGAGCAAAUACUUUGCACACAGAAGGUCCUAGGUUCAGUCCCCAGCAUCUCCAGGUCGGGCUGGAAGAGACUCCCGUCUAAAGCUCUGGAGAGCUGCUGGUAGUCAGUGUCAACCAUUCUGAGCUAGAUGGACCAGUGGUUUGUUUCAGGAUAAGGGAGCUUCCUAUGUUCCUGUGCUGCCUCUGAACCCUAGUCGGUAGAAUACGUGGUGGUAUGUAUUCAAAUUCACCUAUUUAUUUUAAUAACAGUGUAAAUAAUUAUACUGGUAAAUAUUCUCCAUUGAUUGGAGAAAAUUAAUACCAAAAAGAAUAAAAUGUUAAAAUGAAUUUGAGUUGCCCCCUCAUGUUGUCUUGAUGAAGCACAGGCAACAAUCAAGCUACUAGAAAUAGCCUGAAAAACUUGUGAAAAAGCUGCAUCUAAUUAAAUUUUGCCUAACUUUCAAUUGGAAAGGAUUUUUUCCUUCCUAGAAUGUGCCAGGGUGCAAUCCCUUUCAAUAAAAACAAGCUAUGGACACACAUACAAACUGCUAAUACAUGGUUAUAAUUACAGAAACAUGUAUAGCUGUAGACUGAAACUCUGUGCUGGGCCAUGCAUGCACAAUCCCACUGAAAUGGGCACAGUAUAUACCUGUAAUUGUGCCAUUCACCAGGUGUUGCUGUUGACCACCUGUAGUGUCUAAUAACUUGUAUACCACUGGCACUGUCCAAAACCAAAGGUCAUGUACACUCCAUAUGAAUUUCCUAGAUAGAUAGGCUUUCCCCUUUCAUUGCAAGGAGUAUUGCAUUUAUUAAGGUGACUAGCAAAUAGCCUGCACCCAGAGGAGUUCCAUGUGAGCACUGAAGCUUUGUUCAGAUGAUGAUAGACUUUAAUCAUGAAGCAUCUAUCAUACAUUCUUGGCUUAAUGGAGUUGCUUAUAUGCAAAUAAUGUAGCUAGGGACAGAGAGUCAAUGAACUAGACGUGCAACCUGGCCCCAGCGCCAAUUGUAGAAAGCAAGAAUCCAUAAGCACAAGCUAUUCUGCAGCUGAUAAUGGGGAAAGCUUGCUCAGGAUACACAGCUGAUGACUAGAUGGGCAUAGUCUAUGUAUGGUUCACAGCUUCUGCUUAUGAAGUCAGGAAACAACUCUGCAAAGGGGGAAAAAGCCUUGCCCACAUUGCCCAUCCCCAACAUCUGUGGUGGAAGACCAGCAGGUGAGGCAAAAUAAAGACUUCCACUUUUCAUUUCCAGGCUCCAGAGGUUGCCAUUCAGGCUGCUGCUAUUGGGCCAUUGUAAAGUAAGGAUGGGACUGGAAAACUAGGCCCAAUCCCCAUUCCUCCAAGGAUGUGGAACCUGUGACACUCUCCAAAUGUUGCUGAACCACAGUUUCCAUUGUCCCUGAUGGUUUGGCCAUGCUGGCUGGGACUAAUAGGAGUGGAAGUCCAACGACAUUCAGAGGGACAUAGGGUCUCCACCCACAUCACUACGCAUUAGCCCACAUGUUUCCUCACCCUGGCACAACAGUUUGUGGGGAACUUUUGUCCCUCCUGAUACUGCUGAACCAAAAUUCCCACCAGCCCCAGCAAGCAUGGCCAACGGCCAGGGAUUAUAGGAGUUGUAAUUCAGCAACAUCUGGAGAGCCAAAGGUUUCCCACAUAUGUUGUAAUAGGUCUUGGUUGUGAAGGAAGCUAACCAAGGGAAGAAGCAGCAGUCUGAGUAAAGGGAGAGCAGCAGCAGCAGCUGUGACAGGCUGGUAACAUUGCAGCAGCAGACCUAGAAGGGAGGGGAGCAAGUGGAAGACUGUACUUUGCAAAUACAUACAGUAUAUGGUAAUUUAUUUUGAGUUACAACACAUCCGUAACUUUAUACUCCCAUGGCUUUCAUGCGGAUAGUUUAUUAGUCCACUGUUAUUUCUAAGAGAACGUUGUUUCAUGUAGCAUUAUCUGAAAGUACUGUAAAAUCAGAAAUGACUGUAAAAGGAGGAGUUAUUUGGCUGCAUUACUUCAUUCUAUGUUUUUCUGCAAGCACGCCCAGAUGAUUGUUUCACAAGCACGUCGAUUAUUUCUUUAUCAAAGCAAAAAUAUCAUCUGUUUAAAGAAGAGGGAGAAAAGGGGGAAAGGAAAAAAAAGUUUAAACAUUUUAUUUAUGUUUCUAUUAAAAAUCA